GCUGUGGAGGCGGCAGCUGCUCUAGACACCUGCGGCGGCGGCGGCGGCGACCCCCGGCGGCGCGGAGAUGUGGCCUUUGGUGGCGGCGCUGUUGCUGGGCUCGGCGUGCUGCGGUUCAGCUCAGCUCCUGCUUAAUAACACCAAAUCUGUAGAAUACACCGCUUGCAAUGAAACUGUCGUCAUUCCAUGCUUUGUUAUUAACGUAGGGGCACAAAACACUAAGGAAAUGUAUGUAAAGUGGAAAUUUAACAGAACAUACAUUUUCAUCUAUGAUGGAAAUAAAAACAACUCUACUGCAGACAAGAACUUUUCCAGUGCCAAAAUCUCUGUCUCCGAAUUACUGAAAGGAGAUGCGUCUUUGAAGAUGGAUAAGGAUGAUGCUGUUGUGGGAAACUACACAUGUGAAGUAACAGAAUUAAUCAGAGAAGGCGAAACAGUCGUAGAACUAAAAUACCGUGUUGUUUCAUGGUUUUCUCCAAAUGAAAAUAUUCUGAUUGUUAUUUUCCCAAUUUUGGCUAUACUUCUGUUCUGGGGACAGUUUGGUAUUUUAACACUUAAAUAUAAAUCCAACCGUACAAAUAAGAAGAUCAUUUUUUUACUCAUUGCUGGACUAUUUCUCACCACAGUUGUUAUUGUUGGAGCCAUUGUUUUCAUCCCAGGAGAAUAUUCAAUAGAGAAUGCUGCUGGACUUGGUCUCAUUGUAAUUUCUACAGGAAUAUUGAUAUUACUUCAGUACAAUGUGUUUAUGACAGCUUUUGGGAUGAGCUCCUUCACCAUUGCCAUAUUGAUCACUCAGGUGCUGGGCUAUGUGCUUGCUGUGGUUGGACUGUGUCUCUGUAUAAUGGCAUGUGUACCAGUGCAUGGUCCGCUUUUGAUUUCAGGUUUGGGUAUCAUAGCUCUAGCAGAAUUACUUGGACUAGUUUAUAUGAAAUUUGUGGCUUCCAAUCAGAGGACUAUACAACCUCCUAGGAAAGCUGUAGAGGAACCCCUUAAUGCAUUUAAAGAAUCAAAAGGAAUGAUGAAUGAUGAAUAACUGAAGUGAAGUGAUGGACUCUGAUUUGGAGAGUCAUAGAUAUGAAGGAAUACAAUUGUGUUUAAGCACCAUGGCUUUGAUGAUUCACUGCUGGGAAGAAGAAAAAAAACAGUAACUGGUUUUCAUCUAUGAGAGAACACAAGUCAUUGACCCAUAAAUGGUUAUUACAAUUAACUUUAUAUUCAAAGCAACUGUAAUUUAGUUAAUAAAAGAAUUAUGAUCUGUGUUGUGUACCCAAUUGCUAUCCAUUUUUCUUUUGUAAUUUUUAUUCAAUUAGGGGCAAAAGUAGAAGAGGCAACUUCCAAGAAUGAUGCCUUUCAGAUCCUAAGACCUCUUGACUUUAGGUUUAAAUUGGUUCUGGGUAAGAAUUACUUAGCACUAACCUGGUGAUUACUCAGAAAUACUUAUGAAAACAGUGGCUCCCAUCAAGCCUUAGUAAACUCAGGUUCCCAGCAGCUUUGGCAGUUACAGCCACUAGCUGAAUAAUAUGUCUGCCACUUCUGAGUCAGGAAAAUAGUGACUUAAGUAGAGACAAGAAUUGCUGGAGAACAUCUUGUAUGCCACCUACAUGUGCUGUAGUACUGAUGGAGAUAGUGGUCUUUGUUCUUGGGGGUUGCCAUUCAUACAUUCCCCCUUGGACAUAGUGUUAUAGAUCCCAGAUUUAGGGAACUUUUGUUGAUGGAUGUGGUUUUCUUUUAUUCACACAACCCUUUGAACCCUGUCUUGUCCUCCUGUUACUUGCUUCUGCUAUACAAGAAAGAUGUGGCACCUUUUCUCCUCUUUGAACAUGGUCCAGUGUCAUGGUGGCAUCAGUGAUCAUCAGCAGACUUGUUCUCAGAGCACUGUGUUCACACUUUUCAGCAAAAAUAGCUAUGGUUGUAACAUAUGUAUUCCCUUCCUCUGAUUUGAAAGCAAAAAUCUACAGUGUUUCUUCACUUCUUUUCUGAUUGGAGGCAUGAAAAAGCAAGACUGAAAUCUGAACUAUGCGUCUCCUGCAUGGCAACAUAUUGUGUGUCUCCACCAGGCCCUAGGCAAGCCCCGGAAGGGCAGCUUCACUCUUGUUGUGUCUCUGUUGCAUGAUGAACAUUCAUCACCUUCCUCCUGUAUCCUGCCUUCUGCUCCCCUUCCCAAGAUUGAAAAGUAAAACAAAACCACACAUUUCCUGCCCCAGUUAGAAGAAAAUCAAUGUUCCGACAGUUGUGAUUGCCUGAGUACUUUAGAUUAUUAGCACUCGUUUUUUACCUCGUUUGUGGGUGUGUGUUUGUAUGUGCACAUGUAUAAGGUAGGCACAUGCAUCUUCUGUAUGGACAAAAGUGAGGUACCUACAGGAGAGCAAAUGCUAACUUCGUGUUUUUAGUAAAUAAUUUAAAAUCAAAGGUCCUUAUUGGGUGGAAUUAUAUUUGAUGCAAAUAUUUGAUUAUUUCAAACUUUAAAAACUUCUAGAUGAUUUGCCAAGUUUUUUUGACUGCUCACUAAUACCCUCUAAAAAUACUAGUGAUUCUUCCUGUUUGUGUAAGAAGACAUAUUUGUAGUUGUAACUACUGACAGUUAUUUCUUAGUGUAUGAAUGUUUCCAUGUGCCUCUUGUAUGCCAAAUUUAUUGUCAUAUUUCAUGUUGGGACCAAGUGGUUUGCCCAUGACAAACCUUAAACUUAUGAUCUGCUGAGGCCUCUCAGAAAACUGAACACAUUAUCAAGACAACUUUUCUUGGAGAAAAAUAUAUAUCUUCCCUGACUAUGUAGCUCUCAAAAAUAUUAGUAUAUGGAGAGGGAGCUGCAUUGCUUUAUACAAAUCUGAUGGUUCUUGCUGCUCUUUUUUCUUCUGAAAAUAUUUACACUUUGCUAACAUUGUUUGUCACUAUAGAAGUCAGUUUUGAUGAGGGAAAAAAGCAGAUGGACUUGAAAAGCUCCAAAUUCUUGUUCUCUAUUAAGAAAGGUAUGAAACUGUGUAAAAUCAAAUUUUUUACGAUCUAAAGUUGUACCUUUUAAUAUGCAGUAAACUCACGUUUAUUUGGGGUUCAGUCUUGGGUCUGCCCAUCUGUUGUGAUCUCUGUGAUGCUGUCUGCCUUUCAAGACAUUCACUGCCCUAAAAAUUGUCACCAGAGGUAGCAGGAGAAAUGUCACAUGAAAUCAACUCUUUCUCUUGCUUGUCAGCUUCUCUGGAUAAGGGUCGGUGGCAGCAGGAGUCCUCUUGCCUGGGCAUCAUUGGGCCAGUUCAUUCUCUGUAAAUCAGACUUAUAUGGCUCCUGAUUCCUGUCAUAUCAAAUUUGAAUUGCUAACAAUGUUUUGAGCAUCAGAUACCUGUUUUGCCCCAUAAGAUGUGUUUUAGUCCCCAAUCCCAAUUCCUGUCAUCUCCUCCACUCACUUUUAUUCAUUAUACAUUCUCCAUUUGUACAAUAGUACAGUGAUAACAUUUGUCAUUUUCUGCAACAACCUUUCCAGCAUUUUUGCUGGAAACCACAUUUUUAUUCUCCUUCAAAACAUUCUGCUCCAGCAGCCCUUCCUCCCCCACUGGCUGUCUUUGGCAGUCUGUCCCUAUCUGUCUAGCGGCCUCUUUCAUCUCUCACCCUUCCCUGGUACUUCUUUCCUUAGCCCUUUUGGUUUUUUUGUCUUGCUCUUCUCACUGGGUUUUAAAUUCCUUCCACAGGAAGCACUUUUCUUUUUUCUCUCUUCCUGCAGUGUUUUGCAUACAUUAGACACUCAGUACAUAACUGAGAGUUGACUGUGUUUAAAUUUCUCACUAUUCUUAAUAGGGUGAGUAGAGAGUUUUCUUUUUUGACAAAUUUCACCAGCUCUGAAAACAUUAAAAGGUAAUUUUUAUCUGGGAAUUUGAGGUCCAUUCUGCUUAAAUUUUUGAGAAUUAUAAUAAUGGGGCUAUCCCAUAAUAAGGGAAUAUUGCUUUUUUUUCAGGGCAUGGUAAUCAAUUUAGUAAGUGACCAACCAAAUUGUGAUUUAAGUUAAUAAAGCUCAAAAAGUGAUAAGUUUAUUCCUCCAUCUCAUGCAUAAGAAUUAAACUGUAUAUCACCUAGAUUUCUCUUGUCUUACAAUGAGUAUUUAAAAAUGGCGAACAGUGGUACAUAUACGGAAAUAUAACCUUUAUUUGCCUGUUGUUGGAAACUGGAGAAAUAAUUGUCUGGCAACCCUUUUUCCUUUUACUGUAUUUUAUUUGAUUGAGAGUUUAUUUAGAAACAUGAGUUUUACAAGUGUGUCGUAUAUUCAGAGUUGCUAACUGCCAUCACCCACUGGGGAUCCCUUUAAGUCACUUUCUGUGGCUAAUUGGAGUAGUCCAAUUUAAUGCUGAAGAGUUGGGCAGUAAUCAGGAAGUUUCCCUGCCUUUAACUUUGACAGUUCUUAAUUAUGACCAUUUAAGACCAGGUUUUCCACAAAUCUGGUCUUCUGAAAAAAAAGAAGGAAAAAAGAAAGCAUUUGUAAUAAGCUUCUCUGAAAGACCACAUCAGUGGAAUCUUAAAAGUGUUGUUAUGAUUGGUGAGCCAAGAAAACAUGUUUUGUUUUUAUUAAACAAAACAUUGUUUACAAAAGCCAUUGUUGAGAAUUCAAUCCCACAUCAUAUAAAUAUCCAUUAACCAUUCUAAAUAAUAAAGAGAACUCCAGUGUUGCUAUGUUCAAGGUGCUCUCUCGGGGGCCUUUCUGCAUAGCAAUUAAAGGUGUGCUAUUUGUCAGUAGCCAUUUCUUUGCAGUGAUUUAAAGACCAAAGUUGUUUUACAGCUGUGUUACCGUUAAAGGUUUUUUUAUAUGUAUUAAAUCAAUUUAUCACUGUUUGAAGCUUUGAAUAUCUGCAAUCUUUGCCAAGGUACUUUUUUAUUUAAAAAAAAAACAUAACUUUGUAAAUAUUGCCCUGUAAUAUUAUAUAUACUUAA